UUUAUGGGCGAUUUUGUAGACAGAGGUUACUACAGUUUGGAGACCUUCACUUACCUUCUUGCACUAAAGGCUAAAUGGCCUGAUCGCAUUACACUCUUGCGAGGAAAUCACGAGAGUAGACAGAUAACACAGGUUUAUGGAUUUUAUGAUGAAUGCCAAACCAAAUAUGGGAAUGCUAAUGCUUGGAGAUAUUGUACCAAAGUCUUUGAUAUGCUCACAGUAGCAGCUUUAAUAGAUGAGCAGAUUUUAUGCAUCCAUGGUGGUCUCUCUCCAGACAUCAAAACACUGGAUCAAAUCCGAACCAUUGAAAGGAAUCAGGAAAUUCCUCACAAAGGAGCAUUUUGUGAUUUGGUGUGGUCAGAUCCUGAAGAUGUAGAUACUUGGGCAAUUAGUCCUCGGGGAGCAGGUUGGCUUUUUGGAGCAAAGGUCACAAACGAGUUUGUUCACAUCAACACCUUAAAACUCAUCUGCAGAGCACAUCAACUGGUACAUGAAGGGUAUAAAUUUAUGUUUGAUGAAAAGCUGGUGACAGUAUGGUCAGCUCCCAAUUGUUGCUACCGUUGUGGAAAUAUCGCCUCAAUCAUGGUCUUCAAAGAUGUAAAUACAAGAGAACCAAAGUUAUUCCGGGCAGUUCCAGAUUCAGAACGUGUAAUUCCUCCUAGAACAACUACGCCGUAUUUCCUUUGAGGCCUUCGUCCAUCCUGCUGAUCCCUUUUCCUACCCUCCCCCAAAUUCCUUGUAUUUACCCCUCUACAAUAUACUUUUUAUUGAGCACUUUGCUGCUGAAAUGCUGCCUCUUGCCUCCCCUCCCCCCUUUUUUAUUUUAAAUUAUCUAAAUUUAUUGUGUAUUAUGGUGUCUAUAGCAAUGUUUCUCUAUUGAUUUCCUCCCCAUCUCAUCCUCCACCUUGGACUUAUUUGCAAAGACUUUGAGAAAUGUCUUAACAUCCAUACUGCUGCAUGUAGUUCUUGCUUAUUACUGGUUUGGGGGGAAACAGGACAUUUUUCCUUUUUUAAAAAAGCAAAUUGGAAAGAACAGAUCACACCGAAAUAUUCCCCUCCUCUUGUAUUGUUCAGCUUUUUUUUUUAAGUUUGGUAAGUUUUAAGAAAUUUCAGCAGCAAAGUUAUUAUUCA